GUUCACACACACAGCGACAUCGACCAUACGGUUUAUGUCGCAUGAAGUAGUAGAAUAUAAAGUGUAGUCUUAGCUUUCAUAUGUGACGACAUGCGACAUCUACCGUACGGCACUCGGACUAAACCACACGGACUGCGACAGCCGUCCGACUGUCGCAGGCUCAGUGGGUGAUGCCAUCCAGUUCUGUGAUUCACAUUACGCGACUUCAUCCGUACGAACCCUUGGUCUUCUGUUUCGCGUUAUUGCAUUAGUUCUUAUCGUUGUAUUGUUGUUGCGAAAUUGGUGAAAAUGAGUGGCAUUGAUGUUAACAAGGAAUUGUUAAUAGCGUUGAUUGAAGAAAAGCCAGUAUUAUGGGAUAAAUGUGAUGAAACAUACAAAGACAGAAAUGCUACGAAGGAAGCUUGGAAUGAAGUUUGUGUGGGGCUAAAAGAAGAUUUCAAAACAUUAAAAGACUCCGAAAGAAAUGUAUUUGCGAACUCGCCACUGUCUAACCUGUGGUCCAUCGAGGAUUUACUUCCUGACCAUCCGGAUGAACUUUCCAUUCAGGAGCGAUGGGAGGCCACGAGGAGAAAUCUCCGGUUUGCUCAUGCGGCAGUCUGGAGGAAUUACGAUCGCCGUCGCCAACCAUCCCUGUUUUCUAUUGGCAGCUGGGUCUGGCUCCGGAAUUAUCCCCAAAGUAGAGCAACGGAUAAGGUCGCUGCUAAGUUAUGCCCCAGGUAUAGGGGACCUUUCACCCUGGUCAAGUACACCUCGCCAGUUUCAGUGCAGUUGGCAGACAGUGACGGCCACAACAGAAUCUGGGCUCACGUCUCGCAGUUAAAGGCAGCAUGAGAACCGUACGGUUAAGUUUGUAGAAGGAAGCUUGUGAUGUGUCUGGAUCGUUUUGUGUCCUUCUGCAAACUUAAAUCUGGUAUUGUCUAUUAUUGUAAGCACAGGCACUGAUGUGUGGUUUAAGAUAGGAAGGAAUGUACUCUGAUAUGUAUAUCUACUCCGAGGUAUUAAUGAUGUAUAUUUUGAGCCAUGGACACAUACUUUGAUGUAUUCCUAUAUACACCCAUUUACUCGGAGGUAUUAAAGGUGUGUUAUUGUACUGUGAAUGUCACAGAGAAAUUGGUAUAUGCAUAUACAACA